GCGCCUCGCCUCACCUGGCCUCGCCACCGCGCGCCUUUGGGAACUCGCAUCCUCUCCCUUCCCCGGCUCAUCCAUGGGCCCUUCUGUCUUCCGGACCUCGGGAGCCGGUGGAGCGCCUUCUAGAGCGCAGGGCUUGGCGUCCGGUCUGCCCUCGGCUCUGCCUCCAGUAACGCCGAGCGGGCGGAGGACCCGACGCUGGGCACCCGCAGCCGCUUAAGGAACUGAGGCAGGACCGCGGGGGCUGAGGCGGGAACAAGCUAAAGAAGAGGAAGGCGAGCCAGGCACAGCCACCAUGGCCUUCCCGCACUUUGGUCACCCGUAUGGCAGCGCUUCCCAGUUUCUGGUGUCGGCAAAUUCCAGCGCCACUUGCUGCGAAUCCUCCCCAAGCUCUGUCCCAGACGUGGCCUCGGGCUCCACCCCGGCGGCGGCGGCUCUCUGCUUAGCACCCUACGAUAGCCGGCUGCUGGGCAGUGCACGGCCGGAGCUGGGCACAGCCUUGGGCAUCUAUGGAGCCCCCUACGCGGCCGCUGCAGCUGCCCAGAGCUACCCUGGGUACCUGCCCUACAGCCCGGAGCCACCCUCGCUGUAUGGGGCGCUGAACGCACAGUAUGAAUUUAAGGAGACUGCAGGGAACUUCACACCCAGCCUGUCACAACCAGGAGCCUAUUGUCCCUAUGAGCCAACUCUGGGGCAAUACCCCUAUGACCGGUACGGCAGCGCGGUGGAGUUGACUGGUGCCGGGCGCAGGAAGAAUGCCACCCGGGAAACCACGAGCACGCUCAAGGCCUGGCUCCAGGAGCACCGCAGGAACCCCUACCCCACCAAGGGCGAGAAGAUCAUGCUGGCCAUCAUCACCAAGAUGACCCUCACCCAGGUGUCCACCUGGUUCGCCAACGCGCGCCGGCGCCUCAAGAAGGAGAACAAGAUGACCUGGGCGCCCAAGAACAAAGGCGGGGAGGAGAGGAAGGCGGAAGAUGGGGCCGAGGAGUCACUGGGCUGCCUACACAGUGGCGACACCAAAGACCUCGCUGCGAGCCGGGAAGCUCGGGGAUUCCGGCUGAGUGACCCGGAGGACCUGGAGGAAGAAGAGGGGGAGGAGGAGGAGGAAGAGGAAGAAGAGGAGGCAGCGGUCCCAGCUACGGACAGGCUUGCUGAGUUCCAGAUGGACGCGCAGGCUCGGGCGACGCCAUGCGCUGCAGCUCCAAUGGGCCGGCGGGAGCGCAGGGAGUGCGGCCUGGGGGCGCCCCGCUUCUCUUUAAAUGAGCCCCCGGGAUCGGGAGACGCUGACUUCCUCCAGGCGGAGCCAGGGGCCCCCACGCUGACCACGCACUACCCCUGCAGCCAGAAGCCGCGCAUCUGGUCUCUGGCGCACACGGCCACGGCCAGCGCUGUCCAAGGGGCACCACCCACCCCGCCCAAGCCGCGGAGCCCCGAGUGCUGCCUGAUUGAGCCCGGCCGCGUAGCCAAAGUCUUUGGGAAGCCCCCGUUUGCGAUGCAGGGGCUGCCCCUGAGCUGCGCCCCGUGCCCGCGGCGGAGGGAGCCCGCAGGGCAGUGCCAGUACCCGUCGGGAGCAGAAGGUAGUGGGCCCCCAAUGGCGCUGGGACUGUGUCCAAAAGAUGCCUGCCUGUGCGCUGCCCAGCCAUGGCACGCCCUCUCAGACCCUUGGGCACGGCCGGGGUCCACCUGGCAGGAGAUGGUCCCACAGCACUCUUUGAAACGGAAGCUUAGAGACAGCGGUUCUAGCGGUCCCUCAUUUUAAAGCCAAAUAAUAGUAAUAAGCUCCGAGUGAGACAGUGACGUGCCUGGGGUCACCUAGAAAGACACUGAGGAGAUGGGCAACCCACCCCUCUGCACUGGCACCCAGUGACCUGCCAAAUGCACCAGGUGGGCACCAUCACGACCCUCUGGCACAGAUGCCCAGGCCCCCUGCCCGCCCUUCGGAGGAGGGCAGUGAGCCCCUGCCAUGCUAGGGCUG